GGCAGUUCUUGCUUGCCAGCGGUCGUUGGCGGUCGCACCGUCAUUUGUUCUAGUGCUGUGAGUGAGUGAAGUGUUAACGGUAUAAGUGAAGCGGUCGGCACUACAGAUCGCUUGGAGAUGGUGAGCAACUGAAUCAGAUAAAAACAAGUCUUCACAACAGAAACAAUGCCUCGUCUAGAACAAUCGCCGCCGGAGGAUUUCCGUAGGGUCCUGCGCGAGAAAGCGCUCAGCCACAGUCUGUUUUAUCUGAAACUCGGCGCAGGAGUGUCGCCGCAGCACGCGCGGGAGUCGCAAGCGCGCAGGAUGAGCGGCAGUGCGGUUGCGCGCGCGCCGCCGGCUGGCCGCGUCACACGGCAUGCGCAGCCCCGCGUUUCCGAGCUCUUGCGGCGCUUCGAACCCCGACCCAUGCAGUAUCUCCGCCCGCCGCGGGCCACGUCUCCUCCCGAGGACAUCUCAUCAUCAGAUGACGACGACAGAGCCGCUGUCAGGCGGCGAAGCCGUGACUUGAGCGACGACUCCGCUGUGGAGUUGGAGACGCGGCUGCGGAGGCAUUCCCAUCCGAGGGACAUCACUCCGCCUCCUGACGCCAUGUCCCCGAGACGGGAGAGAACUCUGAUUGAGGCUCACGUGGUGGAGUUGGGACGGAGGGGGAGUGAGGGGUGUGAGACCAGAGGGCGAUGCGUGAGGACGCCCAGCGUGGUCGUCAGCGACUACUCCGAUGGCGUGGCCGUCGGUGCUACUCAAGAAGAAGUGGACUGGCUGCGGUCCAGGUCCCUGUCAGCCGACUCCGCCUGUUCCUCGUGCUCCACGUUAUCCAGUCGCGACGAUGAGGAGUUCGAGUCCCCGACUAUGCCAAAAAAGAUGAUAAGCACGGACUGAGGGCACCUUGACCUGAGCGACCUGGGAGGCAGGGCUGCUGGGUGGGUGUCGGGACCAGUGUAGGACGGGAUAUGCGCCUUGGCAAUUUCAGGGAAAAUUUUCCAGGGAAACUUUGC